AUGACGACGACGACGACGGCGACCUCCCUACCCGACUACUACGACGGCUACGACGGCUUCGAGUACGACGAGGAGGCCGAGGCGUGCGCGCAGGACGACCUGGUGGCCUUCGGCUCGGUCUUCCUGCCCGCGCUGUACUCCGUGGUGUUCGCCGCGGGCCUGGUGGGCAACGCGCUGGUGCUGCUGGCGCUGGGCAGCGGCGGCGGGGACCGAGGCCGGGGGCCGGCUGCCCCCCGCAGCGCCACCGACGUCUACCUGCUCAACCUGGCGGCGGCCGACCUGCUGCUGGCGGCCACGCUGCCGCUGUGGGCGCGGUACGCGGCGAGCGCGCGGGGCCUGCCGCACGCCGCCUGCCGCCUGGCCACCGCGCUCUUCUUCGUGGGCCUCUUCGGCUCCGUCUUCUUCCUCACGCUGCUCAGCGUCGAGCGCUACCUGGCCGUCGUGCGGCCGGCGGCGGCGCGCUUGACCCCGCUCCGCUCCGUGCCCCGCGGCGUGACCCUCAGCCUGGGCGUCUGGGCCGCCGCCAUGUUGGCCGCCGCCCCCCAGUUCAUGUUCACGGGCAGCAAGGCCCGCGAGUGCCUGGGCGAUUACCCGGACGACCUGCGGUCCGUGUGGCCCGUGCUGCGCCACCUCGAGGCCAACGUGCUGGGCUUCGCGCUGCCCGUGCUCGUCAUGGGCUUCUGCUACGGCCGCGUGCUCCGCGCCCUGUGCGCCUGCGCGGACCCGCGCAGGGCCCGCGCCGCGCGCCUGGUGCUGCUCGUGGCGCUCGUCUUCCUGCUCUUCUGGACGCCCUACCACGUGCUGCUCUUCCUCGAGACCCUGCGCGGCGCCUUCGGCCUCUUCCCCAGCUGCCCCCUCCAGCGCGACCUGAGGCUGGGGCUCAUGGUGAGCGAGACCCUCGCCUUCACCCACUGCUGCCUCAACCCCUUCAUCUACGCCUUCGCCGGCCGCAGGUUCCGCGGCUACCUCGGCCACCUGGCCCGGAAGUGGCUGGGCGGCGUCUGCGCAUGCGCCCGCUGCUGCCGCGCGCGGCCCGGCGGCGGCGGCGGCCACGCAGGCCACGCAGGCCACGCAGGCCCCCCACGCGCGGCGUCCUCGGCCCUCUGGCCCGACAGCACCCUGGGGACCGUCGGCUGCACCCAGAUCACCAGCGAGGGUCAGGAGUCGGUGCUGCUCUGA